AUGGCGGAAAACCCUAGUCCAGAUGAGCGGGUGGUCAUUGAUGACCUGACCCCCGAGGAGGCCAAUCGAAUCAUACAUUCCCAUCGCAAGGUGCGCUACGGUACCGCCUGUUGGCCCUGUCGCCAGCGCAAAGUAAAGUGCGACAACAAACAACCGUGUGAAAACUGCGUCAAGAGAGAGCACCCUCGGCUAUGUUCUUAUAAGCCCAAUCGCUCAUCAACUUCCAAGCCCACCGCAUCAGGUGCUGCUUCAGAAUCCAGUCAAACUGUUGUCAAUCGUAAGAGGACACAUUCAUUCUCAGAAGUUCCCCGCGAAGAAGCCAUACGCAAGGUCGAGCGUCAGGAAAGUUGGCCGCGCGCCCUUGCAAGCAUUGAUGAACCAGAGGUGGGAGCAGAUCGAUAUCUCGGGCAGAACAGUAUUCCUGCCUUACUGCGCGAGCAGUCUUCACCAGCUCACAAAGGCGAGGGUCUUGACAUUCGACAAGACAUGAGGUCCAUUCUGGGACUCGACACAUCGGCGCCGUUUCCGUUGAUGUCAUCGCAACACCUCCAAAAAUUAACACAAGACAUCUCAAAUGAACUACCAUCCGACCGCGAGGUCAUGAAACCUUCGUUCGACUCAAUCCAGGCUCUCCUUCUUACAUGCUUUGUUCUUCUCAAUGACAUGAAAGCUGAAGCGUCAUGGGCCUUGAUGGGAUUGACCUGUCGCCUGGCCCAGUCUUUAGGUCUGCACAGAACACCACGUAACGAAAGUCGCGAUUGCACGCCGCCAAACACUCAAUCGAAAGAGAUGGUUAGAAGGAGGUUAUGGUGGAGUUGUGUAUGGCACGACACCUUGACGUCGCUUUCUUUUGAUCGAUCUCCAAUGACCAACUUCCCGUGCUGUCCAAUUCCCGUCAUGUCGCCGACGCCCAACGGCAAUUACUCAUACCUCGAAACAAUGUACCAUCUUAUGGAAAUUAUUUCUCGUCGCUUAAACCCCGAUGAUAUGAUGAGUUCGACAUACGCCCAAAUCAUUGAAGAUUGCGAAUCAGUCGAGCAGCUUCGAAGCCGCACGACACCACAAUUACGAGCCAAAGAAAACUGCAAGACAGCGCUCGAUCGCUUACAACACUACGCUAUUCGCCUUCAUACAUCAUUUGUCAUCUCUGUUGCGUGUCGUCCAGCACUUCGUAAAGACAGCGAGUUUGAGCCUGAGCAGCGUAAAACGCUAGCAGAUCGCUGUAAAGAUAACCUAACCGAAACCGUCCGAAUGUUUUUGGCAAUGCACCAACUCUCAGCAAUCCCCACGAGAAGCUGGGCAUUUACGUACCAUGGCCUGUCGUCGGCUUUACUACUAGGCAUACUUUGCGAAACAAAGACAGACCCAGAGGUUCGACAAUUGCAGGGCGAUUUGAUCGCUGCCCUGUCUGCCACCGCCGCCAAGGACGUUAGCUCCCCAGAGCCUCAUGUCAUGACCACCGACAAGGACAUUGAGCUUUCAGGCCCACUCUACCGCGCACUGACGGCCCUCAAAAACAUCUAUGACCACGGCUCCAUUGUCCCAUCGCACCUCAAGAAGGAGGGCGACGCCUCUGCCGCUGGCAGCGGGAGCCGUACGCCUCAAUUCCCCUUUGGGAACGCUGGACAGUAUUCCGGAAACGGCAAUUCAAUGUUUCGCGUUGGCAACGUCCCCCAGAGCGCCGACCCACGCGAGGACGCUGCGCUCGCCAUGGCAGAAAUGCAAGGCGGAGGUGCAUCAAUUCAAGACUUUGCCGGACUUCCAUACAGCCAACAGAUGCAGGCCAACGCAAACCUCAACAUGGACACCAUGAAUGCCAUGAAUGUCGAUCCUACGCAAUACAUGGCUCCCAUGGACCUUUACGAAUCAAUUUGGGGUGAAUCGCCAGACCCUUGGAACACGGGAAUGGACUCGUUGAACUUUGACUUUUUGGCCCAGCCCCCACCAGGCCAGCCUCAGCAGCAGUUCUACUUUUAG